AUGACAAAUGAUAACCAUACUUUCGUAACUGAAUUUAUACUUUUGGGAUUUGAAGAUCUCCACCAUGUUCAAAUUCUGUUUAUAUUUCUUCUCUUACUACUUAUAUAUGUGGUCACAGUGACUGGAAACCUUCUCAUUGUUGCAUUAGUAGCAAUGACUUACCAACUUUGGUCCCCCAUGUACAUUUUUCUCUCCCACCUCUCAAUGUGUGACAUCUUGAUUAUCACAAAUGUGGCCCCAAAAACUCUUCAAGUCCUUGUUACAGAGAAAUGCAGCCUAUCAUUUCUAUCAUGUCUUACACAGUUGUACUUUUUUGGAGCCUUUACUACAACAGAAUGUUGCCUGUUGUCUGUAAUGUCUUAUGACAGAUAUUUGGCCAUCUGUGACCCUCUGCACUACUCAUCUACCAUGAAACACGGUCUUCCUCAGUUCUUGGUUAUGGCAUGCUGGCUGCUUGGUUUUCUUGCCUCUAUGAUCAUAGAGUCUUUUGUAGUUGCGCUGGACUUUUGUGGUCCAAAUAUUAUAGACCACUUUUUCUGUGACGUUACUUGUCUUCUAGAGCUUUCCUGCUCUGACACCAAAACGACCGACAUUUGUGUCACUAUCAUAGCCUUUAUAAUUGGAAUUUCUCAGGUAGCCUUUGUCAUUGUCACUUAUAUUUGUAUCUUUACAUCCAUCCUUCAAAUCUCUUCCAUCACUGGCCGCCAGAAGAUCUUCUCAACGUGUAGCUCUCACUUGGCAUUGGUUUCUACUUAUUAUGGGACACUCAUUGCAAUUUAUGUGGCACAUCAAGAGGACACUUUCAAACCCUGA